AUGCUGCUGCCUCGACUGGUUUCCCCUGUCCCGUGCUGCUGCUAUCACUCGUGCAUGCUGCUGCUUCGGCUGCUUCCGCCAGUGCUGCUGCUGCUAGUCUUCUUGCAUUCUGCUGCUUUGGCUGCUGGUUUCUUCAGUAAUGCUGCUGCUAGUGUUGGUGUUGUUUUUGCAUGCUGCUGCCUCCAGUGCUGUGGUGAUGUUGCUAUUCUUGCAGGCUGCUGCUUCAGCUGCUUCUCCCGGUGCUGCUGGGGCUGCGGCUAUGAAUUGUACAUGCUGCGGCAUCGACUGCUUUCUCCAGUGCUGCUGCUGGUGCUGUCGCUGCUCUUACGCUUGCACGCUGCUGCGGCUGCUGCUGCUGUUGUUGCUGCUGCUGCUGUUGCUGCUAUUUUUCUUCCGUGCUGCUGCCUCAGCUGCUGCUUUUUCGCCGUGGUGUCACAUGCCACGCGCCUUGAUCGCCUGCGAGCCACACAAGCCUUUCGCCGCGCCGUUCUGGAUGAAGACCUCUUCUUGGCCUGUAAAAUACUACGCACAAAGACGCGCAUGUGCCGCUGCGUCUGCUUCACCUUCAGGCUGCUGCUCUUCAAAACGCGGCCGAAGCUCCUUGCAAAAUUUUUGCGUCUGUACAAGACUGUACAUGCGAAUCCUCUAGAGAGAACACUCGCUGCUUCUCGAAGACGUGGUGUGCGCGCAGCAGCAGAGGGUGGAGCACCAGCAGCGGCAGAGGAAGAAGAAGAUGAGAAGGAGAGAGAACAAACUCACAGAGGAAAGGAGACGGAGACAGGGAUGCGGAGGAAAAUGACGAGGACGACGAGGAAAGCGACGGCCCUGAGGGCGGCCGUAGCAGCAGCAGCAGCGGAGGGGGAGGAAGAGAAAGAAGGCGGCUCACGCGCAGAGAAAAAAAUGCCAUAA